UACAGGCGUUACAUUGUAACAUUCCCAACUGGUUAUGAUGAUCGUCCCGUUCAUGACAAGGGAUGACCUGCUCCAGCUCUGGUACGAUCUUUUCGAUGUCACUGAUAUGUUUUUUCAAGUUUUGGUAUUCCAGUGGUCUAAGACAGAGGCCCUUUUUAGUAGGAACGAGAUCCGAUUCACUCGAGGGUUUCCAAUACUGUCGAAUGUCGACGCAGGGAUUGUCUGUCUUGACUGUGACAUAGACAUUAAAGCCCAAGUGCCAUUUUCCGUCGACAUUUUCUUUUAAUGCGGUUUCGAUUUGAUCCAAGGUGUCGAUGAGGGUUUUAAAUGAGAGCAGUUUCAAACUGAUGCCUUUUUUAGUGGGUUUCAUAAAUGGCUGUUGAAUUUCCCAUUCCCUCAAAUCAACUCUGAUUUCUUCUUUCCACGUUUGGACUCUAACAUAACGUCCAUUUUCUAAUGCCACGGAGAAGCGAGGAGUAGACAUGUUGUUCGUUCGGUGAUCGAAAUGAAGAUGAGAAAAUAUUCGCAGCGCGACUUUUAUACUGGAAGUGAGAACUACGUCAUGGAAUUUUUUUUUCGCCGUCAAUAGCCAUUUAUUUGAUAACAAUGAAAGAAAAAUGUGGGUAAUGAGGCGGGGAUAUGAAAAAAAAGAGAAGGCCAAAGAAUACACCGGAAAAACCAUGACGUCAUGCACAUUGUCAUUGAGACAAAGAAAUGGAAAAGUACAAAGUUAUUGAAGAACGAAUCGGAAAAACCCAUGACGUCAAACUCUUUUUUGUCAUAAAGAUAAUGAAAACGACAAAAAUAGUCAUGACCUCGAUUUGUUUCUUUAGAAAGAGGAAAAUAAAAGAGACACAAUGAAAGAUACGCACGAAUAAGUCGUAAUCGUAUAAAUAGAGAAUUUCUUUUUGGGAAUCGUCAUUUCACGUCUACUUCUCGACCGAUCAAGAUGACUUCCACGCUAGAUGGAAUGCCUAACCUGAUGGAAACCGACUCUGCUCCCAAUUUUGAUUGGAGUACCACAUCUUCUUUAGAAUGUGAACCCUCUUGGGAGGCAGAUAGCAAUGCUAAUUUUGCAUGGGGUUAUCCAGAUUCCUCCUCGUGCAAGAAGAAAAUGGAGGAGUACGUCACGGUGCAAAUGCCAGUGCAAAACAUUCCUCCACCACCUCUACCUAAAAAAGAGGUUUCUAACUGGAAGUACCCAGAAUACGUCAACUUUGCCGAGUGGUAUGCCAGUUUUGGGGAUUGGCCGAAAUAUCUGAGGGGACCCAACAAAAAAGACUUGGCACGUUCUGGAUUCAUCUACACAAAGAUCGGAGACAGAGUCACUUGUUUCUCCUGUGGUAUGACCCUGAAAAACUGGGAACCUGUGGACGACGCUUACAAAGAACAUCUUCGCUGGUCCAAGAACUGUAUCUAUGCCCAGAUGGUAUCAGAUGGAAAAUACGAUGACUGGAGAAAGAGAACCUCCAAUGUGCGCCAUUAA